AAUAUUGUAUGUUUUUUUAGUGUGCAUAAGAAAUAAACCUAUUUUUUUUCCUUAAUAAUAUAAAUAAACAUGCAAUAAUAAAUAAAAAAAUGUUUUGCUUUAGAGUUUUAGAAGUUUUGUGUUAAAAUCUUUUGUACCUACCACAGUCCUGGCUACUUUAAAUUCUAGCAAUGAGAAAGAAGAAAAUAACAUCUUUCAAAAUAUUUUUGUCAGUGAACAAAAACCACUUUGUUGAACAAAACUAUUAACUAUUAUUUAAUUUUAUUAUUUUACUUACAAUCCAGGAGCGAGAGAUCUAGGUAAGAAGGUAUCAGGAUCUCAAGUGAAAAUGCCGAUUGUAAUGAGCAAGGCGGAGUGGGACCGUAUCCACCAUUGGAGGAAAUCAGACCGAGAGGACCCUGAAGUGGUGCGACGGCGGGAGUACAUCAAGUACCUGGAUACUGCCAGUCAUGAGAUGACCAAAUCUUGGCCCAACUCUUUAGAGAACGUCAACAAACGCAAUGAAGAAUUGCGUCAAGCACGAAUUCGGACAGCAGAGCAAGCCAAUACGAGGUUCUAUCAACGCUACCUGAAGAAGAAGAAAGAAGAACAAGAGCGACUCAUGUAUUCUGCCAGAGAUGUCAUCUUUAAGAAUAAGGAUGCGCCCAAAUUAAUGCUUAGUGCGGUAAUAGAAACAGCAGUCCAAAAGGAACGAGCGGAGCAGGUGAAGUUCUUGAACGAGCGCCGCAAGGAAGCAGCAGAACGCAAGAAGAAAGAAGACGACGAGAUAAUAAGGAAGGCUAAAGAGUGGUACGAGCUCAUGGAGCUGCGGAAGAAGAGGCGGUUUGAGGCAAACAAGCAGCACCAACAGGAAAUUGUAGCUCAAGCAAAAGAAAUGGCAGAACGUAAUCGUAUGGAACAUGAGACGGAAGUCCAGCUGCAGAAGAUAGAUAACAUGAAGGCCAACGAGCAGAUGGAAAUCAUUAGAGAUUUUGAAGAACAAUUCGCAGCAGACGAGAAAGUCCGUAUCUUCAAGGAUAUACAGCAGUCCCGGGAAGAGGCGAGGGCCGCCAAGCGCGAACAAGAAGCGCGCGACAAAAUGGACGACCGCCUCAUUGAGGUGCUACUGAAGUCACGAUGCAGGAUCGAGCAGAAGCGGAAGAAGAUGGAGGCCGAUAUAAAAAAUGAGAAGCUACGCGUGCUGGAGAAGAUCAGCGAGAGACUGGAGUCAGGAGACGCGGAACGCGAGGCCAAGGAACAGGCCGCUCUCGACAAAGCCGUCGCAGAAAAGAAUGCAGUAGACAAGGCGCGGGUCGAGGCUCAGCUGAAGAAGGAGGAGCAGUUCCGUCGCGAGAAGCGCGAGAGCCGCGAGCAGUACCUGCGCGAGCAGCAGCAGCAGCUGCACGACUUCAACACCACGCGCCAGUGGGACAUCAUGAACAGAUUCAAGAACGUGGAAUUAUACGAGGACUUCCAGGAAAAACUACGAGAAGAGAAAGCUCGCAAAAUUAAAGAGUAUAGAGAAGAGAUUCUACGACUGUGGAAAGAGCGUACGGACCGCGAGGCCGCAGAGCUGGCGGAGUCGCGGCACUUCUACGGCGCGCUGGCGGAGCAGAAACUGCGCGACGCGGACAACAAGCUGCUGACGCACGCGGCUGCUCUGCUGCAGGAGGCCAAGGACCAUGGCCGGCCUGACCGCCCGCUGCAUAGGGCUAUCGAUGCUUACUGCAAGCUGUACCGGCUGUACCCGAUGCCGGACCUGCCGGCGUCGAUGCAGGAGCACUUCAAGGGGUACAAGACGUGGGACGGCUCGCAGCCCGACCCCGACUACCGCGAGCCGCCGCCGCCGCCGCCCCCAGUGCCCGAACAACACCCCACGCUGACCAAAACAGUCAGGCAGGACGGACUGCAGCCCGUCGAUAAGCCCGGGCCACCGAAACCCAAGGUAGAGAAGAAGGAAGAGAACGUCGACUACAAGAGAGCGGCUCCAGCUAACGGACUGCAGAGAAGGAACUUGGAGCAAACGUUCUCACUGCCACCCAUCUCUGUGGUGCCUUGCAAGACAGAAGCCUGUCGAUGUGAGUUGAAGGGAGCCAAAUGAAAUAACGCUUUUACAAAAUAUUCAGUUUUUUAUUAUCAUAAUUAUCAAUUACUUUAGAAUGAGUUUGUUUUUAGACCUCGCACACAUUGGCAAUUCAACACGCGUUGAAAGACUGCAGUAAAUAUAAGUAACGUAAAAUAUUAAAAUAGUUCAGUAUCAAAUAAAUAAAAAUACUUGUGCAUAGUUUCGUUCGUGCGACAGUUUCGACGCGCGGUUAAGUCGCGAGUGUGUGCGGGGCCUGCUAGAGAGCGGUUAUGGCACGUGUGUGAUGCUAUUCGAGUGUGACUAGAUAAUUGGUGGUCUCAAAUUGUAAGUGAAAUGUAAUAAAGCUUGUCUCGGUUCUAAACAGUGUUUUAACUUAAAUUACAACAAUUUUGAAACUAAUACUAGAUCUUAAUUUAAAUCUUUGGUCGCAAUGAGUGUAGACACGUAUUUCUAUAAUUUUAAGAAUAUUACAUUAUUUCAUAAGGUGUUGAAGUUAGUUGAGAUAUGUGCAGGAUUUGUGAGUGACACCGUUACAUUUGGCGACUAAGUUUAUAAUUGUAGCACCUUCAUUUAGCAAAAUACUCUCAUCUUCUCACAAAAAACUUGUCAAAAUCAAGAGUUUUGACACUACUCAGAGGAGAUCCUUGAAAAAUAUUGUUUUAUGGUAAAACAAGGAACAACUCGCGCCAAACGCAACGGUGGCAUGUAACAGUGAAUAAGAACUAACAAUAUUAUGCUCUCUGCUCUCUUACAUUGGAAUCGCAUAUAAACACAGCUUUCAUAAUACUCUCGUUGGCUUUGGCUUACACAAUAUUGUCUAGCGUUUAACAACUACUAUUGUUUUACGUCAAGAAGUAUAAGU